UUCGCACAGACAUUAUGGCCAUGGAAAGUUGAUCUGAGACACAGCGAAAGCUGAGAAAAUUAAGCAAUGCAGAGGCUUUUCCAAGGCGAAGAUGAAGAACAGCAAGACUAUCUGCUUGAGGACGCUGAAGUACUCUGUUCGCUCUCCCCUUUGCAGAGAGUUUACGCGUUUGCUGCUUGUUUGCUCGCGGGACUUGUGUGCAUGUUCCUGUCGCUGAUUGUUUUUGCAAACCCUAUCAAAUUCGCGUUGUUGUUUACAUUUGGCAACUUGAUGGCUAUUGGAAGCACAGCUUUCCUGAUUGGGUCAACGCAACAGCUUAGGAUGAUGUUUGAUCCUGUCCGAGUAUAUGCUACCGCAAUUUACAUCGGGUGUGUCAUUGUGGCGCUUGUCUGUGCUCUUCUUAUUCACAGUAAGAUACUUACUCUUAUCGCGAUCAUUUGUGAAAUAUGUGCCCUCUUUUGGUACAGUUUGAGCUAUAUUCCUUUCGCUCGUAGGAUGGUUUCUGACUUGACAGUUCGUCUCUUCGACACUGAAAUCUAGAGAAAGUAGAGCACAAAAGAUUGUCGUUGAAGGCUGAUUGUUUGUAAAUUGUAACAAGAAGGAAUGAGGAGGGGUUGUCUGUUUCGAACAAGCGUGGUAGGUAAUAAGUUAAGGUAAGGUAAAGUUUAGUGGGCAUGGGCAUGUCUCAAUCUUUCAACCACCAAAAUGAUGUAAGAGUGACGGUGACGUCAUGGGUUCAAAUCUUUAAUAUCUUCGAUUUCGUUUGUCAUUGAUGGUUCAUCUAAUAUAAUUGGUUUUUUCAGGCUUAA